CACCGCUCCGGAAUUCAUACAUCAUGGUGUGGUGUCAUUCAAGUCAGAUAUCUAUAGUCUGGGAGUUAUAAUCAUGGAGCUCGUGUCUGGACGUAAGGGCAACCCAGAUAUUAACAAUGUACUUAGAAGGUGGAGGAACAGGUGGAAUAAAUCAUUGAAGUAUCCACCAUUGGGAUACCAACAAGUAACCAAGUGUAUUGAAAUUGCGUCAAGAUGCUUGUCAGACUCCCCAAAUAAAAGACCAUACGUAAGGGAUAUAUUAAGUAUGCUCAAUUCAAAUGAAAUCACAGAUGCUCAGAUCAACAGUGCUGGUCAAUCUCUAGUUUGCCCGAUAAGACCUUACCCAUGGGAGCUGCUAGAGUUUGACAAGCUCGAGCUGAAUUUCCCCUUUGAGAAAAACAAGCAGAUACCAUGCUUACUUGAGUUAACCAACGUAACAGAUGGUUACGCUGCCUUCCAUAUCCAAAAGGGAGGAAUGCUGGAAUACUUCGUAGAGCCUGACAAAGGUGUUGUGCCAGCAGGAUCCAAGUGUAAUGUCAUUGUAACGCUGCAACCACGGAAGGCGGCGCCAUGUGAUACAAUGUGCAAGGACGAGUUCAUCGUGCGGUGCGCCGCUGUGAACCAGGGCAUCACAGCUGAGUAUAUCCACGAAGACAUGUUCAACAAGAAGUCAGGCAAGUUGGUCGAUGAGGUGACGUUGACCGUUGUUAUUUAGCGCUCCGCCAUUACCUGAUGAACCCGAAUUUUUUUAGGUGUGCAGUUCUGGUAACAUAUUGUUUCUUUUUGUAAUUCAAAUAUUAUGAUUAAGCGAAA